AUGGCUAGUGUAGAAAACAUUCCUACUGUAAAUAAUGAGUCGGAGAUGGAAGAAGGAGAAAUAGUAGAUGAUUUGGAUGAUCUUUCUGACAUAUCAUCUGAAGAAGAAUUCUUGUUAAGACAGCGACUGCAAGUUUUGGAAAGUUAUAACAAUGUCCUUGAAAGAAAGAAAGCAAAAAGGGCCUCGAUUUUGUCAGGUAAAGAUGAACAUAAAACGGAAAUGAUUUUACAUGAUCUCUCAGAAAUAUCGGCAACUGAGUUAGAUGAUAGUUCUCGAUUAGAUAAAUACAAGUGUCAUAAAGAUCAAUCAUAUAAGAAAUUAAGUCAUAGAGACAAGAAAAUAGGUUUGCCAAGUAGUUACAAAAGAAGCAAAGAACAUAAGAAAAGAAGUCAUCGUAAAAGAAGAUUAGAGGUAAAAAUAAUAAGUGAAUCAAGUGAAGAAUCAGAUGAUGAAUAUAAAGAUAAAAGACAAAAAUUAGCAGAAGCUGUGACAUUAAAUAAAGCUAAAUCGGAUACUUCUACGCUCAAGACUAGACUAGAAAAAAUGUUGUAUGGAGCUAAAAAAGAAGACUGUGCGAAUAUUGCAAAAAAAGCGUUUAAUAGGUUAAAAAACGAGGAAGAGAGUAAUGGUGGCAUUGAAGGUGUUGUAGACAAUAAUGUUGAAAGUAUUCAAGAAAUUAAUGUUGAGUCAAAAAAUGAUGUUAUCUACGUUGAGGGUCAAUGUCAGAAAAAUAGAACCAUUGCAGGAUGUAAAAAUAAUGAACAAGAAGAACAGAUACCAGUUUCAUAUGAAUUAAUAGAUUUAAGCUCUGAAGACACAUCCAAUUUGGAACUCAAAGGAAAUGAUGUUGUAGAUUCAAAUAAUAAAGAAAAUGUGGAAGCAAAAGAUAUUACAAAUAAAGAUAAAAAGGAAGACUCUGACGAUGAUCUGGAAAUUCUUAGGCAGCAUGCCCUCAAAACCAAAAAUUUUAAAUCAAAAUUCCAUGAGAUGAAAAAAUCAAUAGGAAAAUCUAAGACUUUAUCAGAAGAAGAUGAUAGCGAUACAUCAGAAUUAAGACUUAUUUGUCUUAAAUCCGCUUUGUUAAAAAAAGCAAUUGAGAUGAAAUUAAAACAAAAAUUUAGAAAAAGGUUGAAAUCCAAAACUAUGAGUCUACAAGAUGAUCUCAUGUUUGAUCAAGAAGAAUUGAGGACUGGUUCAGAUGUUGACAAUAAUACUGAUAUAGAAUCUGUUGAUAUGGAUAUCGGAUCAGAUGGUGAUGAUAAAGUCAAAGAAUCAAGCGGAAAUCCUGGUGUAAACUUACAACAAAAAUCAACAAAUUCAAAUUCUAUUAACAGCAAUAUUCCGAAAUCCAACAAAGAUGAUGAACUCGAGGAAGACGAAGAUUUGUUAAGAGCUAAGUUAUUGACGUCGCUAAGUAAGAAUUUGCCGAAUUUAGUACAUAUGGAUAUUAUACAUACAAUUGAUAAUGAUGACAAAACAGAUGACAUCAAUAAAACAAAGCAGGCUGCUUCUGAAGAAAAGAAGUUUAUUAUUAAUUUACAGGAUUCUGAUUCCGAAGUUGAACAUGAAGCUACAAAGAACUUAACUAAAAUGCAUAUGAAAUUGUCAGAGCAAGAAGAUUUUCAACAGAAACUUGAUUUAUUCCUUAAAACAACUCGUAUGCAAGUUGAAAACUCUUUACUUCCCGAUGUUGUGCAACAACCUCCGGUUCCUAAGCCACACAAUAAAUAUGUUGCUAAGGCUGUAAAUCACUUACCUAGGUCUGAGCAAAUAGAAUAUAAGAAUUUGGUGAAAAGAAUGGCUGAAUUAGAGAAAAUAAAACAUGCAAGGCAAAUAUCUAUGAACACUCAAAGUAGUUCAUCAGUUUUGAAAGACACAUUAAAGCCUAGAAAUGUAUCUGUACAUAGUAAAAAUCCAUUUCCUACCAGUAACCUAGAAGAAAAAAUUGCUGUUUCAAGAAAAAAUAUUGCGGAGGAGUCUGCUAAAAUGCUGAGAUUAAAAGAGGAGGCAACAAAACUGUCGCAAAAAUAUAAAAUAGUUGCAACUGAGCUGCGAAACAUUUCUACUGCAAUCACACUAAAUAAAAAAGAACAACGGACAGUUCAAAGUAAAUUGUCAAGAAUAAGAGUGCAGCAUCAAAUAUUAUUGAAAAGCUCAAAUUUUAAGCAUUCCACUGGAUCACCCCCUGUAAAUCAGGCGAAUAAUAAAUCUGUUGUCAGUAGUUUACAAAAAGAAAACAACCCAACCAAAGAGGUUCAUAAAAUUCCUACAAUGCUCAAGGCAGUAACUGUUAGUGUUGUGAAUAAUUUGAGCAAAGUAAACAGUGAGCCUAGCUCCCAGAUUUCAGUGCAAGUUGAUGUCAAUAGUAACAAAAAAUUUGUUAAAUUACCUAAGAACCUAGAGAAAGAGAGGAUUGUUAGUGUUGUUGAAGAGAAAUUAGAAACUAGUGAAGGAAAAGCAGAUGUUACAUCCAAAGAGCCAGUAACCUGUGACAAAAAAGACACUAAUCAUCCAGUUAAAGAAAAAGUUGCUUCAUUGAUUGGAUGUGGCAACAAUGAUAGAAAUGAUUACCAAUCUCCACUUCAAGUGUUUGGAUCAACUACUUGGACGGAGGACCCGAACGCCGUGCUGUGCCCGUACGAAGUCGCCGGCAGCUGCAGGGACCCCGGUUGCAAGUUCCUCCACCCAAAACUCCCGUCGCGUCAA